AUGAGAGGUAAAGGUUUUAUUUGUGAUCUCAUGUUGAUUGCAUUGUAUGAUACACGAGCUUCACAUUCAUUCAUUGCAUUUGAUAAGGCUACUGAACUAGGGUUGAGAAUCUCAGACUUAGCUUUUAACUUGCAUGUGCAUACCCCGUCUCAAACAGUUGUAACUAGAUUAAGUUGUAGGCAGAUACCUUUCAAGAUCGAGGAUAGAUCUUUUGUUCAUGACUUAUUCUAUUUGCUUAUGCUUGGGUUGGAGAUGAUUUUGGGGUUUGAUUGGUUGUCAAAGAACCGAGUGCUGUUGGAUUGCUUUGAGCGAUCAAUUCACUUUAUGUUAGAAGGAAAAGGAGGAGUAGUUGUAGCUGAGGGAUCUUACCUGAACUCUGUAAUGGUGAAAUGUAGUGGAAAAGAAUGUCAGUUUUAUAUACUUUUAGCUACGAAUGCUUUAGGUGAUGAACAAAAGUUAGACCGAAUUUCGGUAGUUAGGGAGUUUUCCGAAGUGUUUUCUGAAGAUAUUCCCAAAUUUUCACCUCAAAGGGAAAUUGAAUUCGUGAUAGACUUGGUGCCGGGAGCCAGACCAGUGUCAAUUACACUGUAG